AUGAUUAGACUUGCUACAUCAAGAAAUUCCUUAAUUGGUCUUCGUGGUAUAUCAACUACUUCAAUUAGACUCAAUGCUAAAAAGAUCGAUCCACCACCACCUUUACCUGAAGUUAAAACUACUGAGUUUAUCGUAGCAACCCCACCAAGUAUUAAUCCAAUUCCAGUUGAAAAUAAAAUUCCUCCACCACCUCCUCCACCAACUCCUAAAAAGAAGAAAUUUUCAUUUACUGGGUUUUUAUUCAAAACAUCAUUACUUGCUGUUUUUCUUUACGGUGGUACAAUGUAUCUUGCAACCAAAAAUAAUAAAGUGUUAGAUUUUGUACUUGAUAAUGAAUUACCAUACAAUGAAGAAUUAAUUGACUUUUUUGAAAACCUUUCAAAAGAAGAUUUCGAAGAACUUUGGUAUAACAUUCAAAGUAAAUUUACUGAUGUCAAAUUACCAUCCAAAAAUGAUAUCGAACAAUUAACAACCAAGAUAGAACAUAAAGGUGAAGAUUUUCUCAAGGAAACUAAAAAGAAAUUAUCUAGCAAAAAAGAAGUUAGAAAAGGUACAGACUUAACACCAGUUGAACAAUUACAAAAACCAGUUGAAGUUGAAAGUCUUACUAGAGAUGUUGCACGUUUACCAUUAAUUGAGUUAAAUGCAGAUGUUGCUAAUUCUGUUGAUUCCUCAGUUAAACAAAUCAUAUCGUCAUUCAACAAUUUUGUUCAAUCAAUUGACGCAAACACAUUGGAAGGUUCGAAUUCAAAUUUAAUUAAAACAAUUGAUACUAGCAUAAAUCAAUUAGCCACUAAAUUGAAUACAUUAAGUACCAGUUUUGAUAACGAAGUCCAAAAUAAAUUAAAAGUUUCUCAAACUGAAUUAUUCAGUUCAUUUACUAAAAAGGAAUUAGAGUUAACUGAAAAUUUAAUCUAUCAGUUUAAUCAAGAAAAAGCUCAAUUAGAAAAAAAGUUAAAUCAACGUUUAGAACAGGAAGUAAAAGCUGCGAGACAGGCUAUUAGUCAAGCUGCAACUAAUGCAGUUUCAAUGGUCAGAAUUGAACAAACCAAAAAUUUUGAAAAAUUAGUAACUGAAAAAUUAAAUGAAGAAAGACAAGGUAGAUUGGCCAAUUUAGAUAAAUUAAAUGACAAAAUUAACGAUUUAGAAAAGUUUGCAGAAGGAUUUGAAAAACAAAUUGUCAACACCCAUAAGAAAACCUUAAUUCAACAAUCAAUCAAUAAAUUAAAAUCAUUAUUAUUAUUCUCACAAUCAGAAAAUACAACACCAAAAAGUAUAGGGCCAUAUGUUGAUGUGUUAAGUCAAAUCUCAACAGAUGAUGAAGUAUUAAAUUUGGCAGUAAAGGAUUUGAUCCCAUUAAUAUCAAAUGAAUCUACUCAUUCUAUAUUAAGUAAUUCACAAUUAUUGACUCGUUGGGAACAAUUAGCUCCAGAUUUAAGAUCAAGUUCUUUAUUACCACCAAAUGCAGGUUUAUUAGGUCAUUUAUCAUCACUUAUAUUUUCAAAAUUGUUAUUACCAGUUAAAGGUGUCAAAGAAGAUGGGAAAGAUAUUGAAUCAGUUAUCGGAAGAGUUGAAUAUAGUUUAGCAAGAGGUCAAUUAGAUGUUGCUGUUGAAGAAGCUACAAAUUUAAAGGGUUGGAGUAGAAGAUUAGCUAAUGAUUGGGUUAUUGAAAGUAGAAAAAGGCUUGAAAUUGAAUUUUUACUUAAUUUAAUUGAAUCAGAAUCUAAAUUAUUGUAA